CUAGUACAGUGCAAAGAUCCCAGCCAGCGAGCACUGAGCCUCACACACAUGGAUUUUGGAAGUGUUGCAGAUAAGGAGAAUGUAAAUGCUCUGACGGAGCAAGCACAGCAUCUUGCUAACAAAAAUGUGCAGCUGCAGGAUAGGAAUGAGAGGCUCCAUGCGGGGUUUGGAGACGUGCAGGAGAGGAUGACGAGGCUGGCUGGCUCCAAACCAGAUUUGUCACCCAGAACGGUCUUCAGUGAAGAGGAAAAACUGAAGAUUUCCAAAGAACUCGUUGAUCUCCAAAUUGAGACAAACAAAAUGAAGGAGCAGUAUGAAACAGAGAAAUUUGAAUUGAAAAAUAUGAUCCUGGCCCUGGAGAGCCGUGUGCUGGAACUGGAGCUCCGCAGUGAGAAAGUCAGUGAGGAACGUGAUGCCUUACGGGAUCACCUGCUCACUGUGGAGACCAGCAGGAGGGAGCUGGCAGACGAAUACAUCAUUCUGAAGAGUAAUUACCUGGCGCUAGGCAAAGAACUCGACCAGGAGGUCUUAAAGAAUGAAGAGCUCAGCCUAGAGCUGCUCAGCCUGACCAAUGCAAGGAGCACAGACAGCAAUCACCACCACUUCCGUGCCUUGGCCACCGAGCCCACUGCUGAGCCAGGCAGAGUAACGAUGCAUCGUCCCCCUGCUCAGAAGGUGAAGCCAGAAGACGUGGCUGCCCCUGAACAUGAGUGGCAAAACCUGGGAAGAAAUUUGCUUGGAAACCAGGAUCACAUAAAAGAGGAGAUUGAAAAACUGAAGCAAACCUACGAUUCACAGCAGCAGAAGCUGGAAGAGAAAAUGAUCGCAAUGGGGAAGGAGCUGCAGAAGGCGAAGAAAGCAGUCCAUGACCCCCAGCAGAAGCUGGCAGAGCAAUCAGCAGUGCUGCUCGCCUCUCAGAGCCAACUCCAGGAGGUGGAGGCAGAGAACUCCCAGCUGCAGCUGAAGCUAAAGGAGCUGAGCGAGGAGUACCGCUGCCGGCUCACGCAGUACAUCAGGGACGUGGCGGAGUACAUGGUUGGCAAACCCAGCACCCGAAGCGGGCCUAGCAAGGCCCCAGCUGAGCAUGCAGACAUGAAGCGCUUUGUGGACAACAUGCUGAAGGACAUCAGAGCUUCCUACAAGGCUCGGGAGGAGCAGCUGGCUGGAGCAGCACGCAGCUACAAGAAGCGCAUGAAAAACUUGGCCAAGAAGCAUGAGAACCUGCUGAUUGCAUACAGUGUGCAGCGAGAGAAGAUCCGCUCCCUGGGCAGCAGCGAGAUGGAUUCCGGCCCUGCUGAGCUCCACUUUGCCAUCACAGACCCAGAGCUGCUGACAAACACAACCCAGGAGCUGAACCGGCUGCGGGAGAGCAAAGCCAAACUGGAGCUGCAGUUACAUGAAUUGCAGAAGAAAAGACUGAAAGAAACCUCUGGUUUUCAGCUGUCUCCUGACCAGAAGCAGGAUGAAGAGGGCUGGGCAGAGGUCAGGAAGCAGCUCCAGGAGUUCACACACACCACCCAGGAGGAUCUGGAGAAGGAGAGGAGUCAGCUGCUGACACGGGCAAUUGUGGCAGAGGAACAGGUGUUGGAGCUGCAGGAUUACAUAGAGAAGCACCUAGCAAGGUACAGGCAGGAGGUGCUGUGGGUGAGGAAGCUCGCCGGUGGUGAGGAACCACGUGCACGCAGUGCUGGGGCAGCUGAUGCUCACUCACUGCCCAGAUCAAGGAGGGCCAUCAGCCGUGAGCUCUAGCUCUGCCCUGCAACUCCAAGAAGCAGCACAGUUGUAAGGAAAAAACAGAGUUUAAAAGAAAAGGACUUUCUGUCCCGAGACUGGCCGAGGCAAGAAUCAUUCCCUGGCCAAGGCAUCGUUCCCUGGCCAAGAGCUGGGAUGCACAAUGCAGGGAACCAUAUGGGUGUCCUCAGUGUCAAAUUAACUGUACUGAAAUGGAACAGACGGUGGUGCUGUGUUUGUCCUCUGACCACUCUGCUGUGGCAGUUCUCCUUCCCUGAGCACACUGUGACUGGGACACAGGGCCACCCCUGGGCAACUGUUUGCUGUGUGAUUGCAGUGACAAGUUCCUGCUCCUGCCCUCAAGGAUGCUGCAGUGCUUUUCCUAGGUCAGACCUGGAGCGAGGUGCUCUUGGUUUAAGGGCUGGCUCUGCUCCUGCCUUUGCUCCUAUCUGAGUUUUUAAAAGAGAAGGGCAGGAGUGGUUCAAGCUGGACUCUGCCUCUAAGAGGUUACAGAAAGAAGAUGAGCUGCUCUGUCAUGGUGAGAUAACUUUUUUUCCUCUGUGUUGGAACUAGAAAAAGAAAUGCUAUGUGAUGUGAGCAGGACCAAACUGAAUUCU